GCCUAGUGGUGCGAAGCGUGCCUGGCACGUGCGGCGCAGCCGGCUACAUCCCUCGGGUCUCGUCCUCUACUCCUCUCCCCCGUUGCAACGGCGCCCUUCAGCUCCUCUCACGCCAUUCCGUUUCCGUCCCCUCCUUGGUAUUCUUCCUCCCAUGUGCUGAUGCGCGAGAAGGGAAAAGCCCCGAAGCUCCGAUCAGUUUGAGGCCGGGCCGGCGGUAGUGGAGGCAGCAUCUUGGCUGAACCAUUUGUAAAGGCUACAUGGCAAACAGCAGAGGAAGGGAUGUCUCUAUUGAUGCUUUGACUUCAAAGCUUGAAUCCAAGAUAUACUACCAUAGGGAUGCCGCUGUCGAGUACCUGGAUAUCAAGACUAUAGUUGAUAAAGUUGUAGAAGAAAAGAAUAAGCUCUUGGCUGAGAACACCGAAUUCCUGAAUACUAUUGAUAAGGUCGUGGAAGAAAAGGAAAAACUCCAGCAUGAUCAUGAAGUGAUUAAUGAGCUGGUGGCACCAAUGGAGAAGCAGCUUGAAAUGGUAAAGAAGGAGCUUGAAGAAGUAAAAUAUGAGCAUGUGGCAGCAAAGGAGGAGCUUGCUGUGGCAAAAGAGCAACUUGCUCAGAAGAACAAAGAGCUGAAGGUUCUAAGGAAGAAGCUUCAGGAGAGUGAAGCCAUGCACACUCAACAUGAGCAACAAAUUGGAAGUGCUUCUGAGCCUGCUCGUUCCAAAAUGGUAACAAGAUUAUCACAUACACGGGCUAUCCUGCUCCAAGGAUCAUCGGACAAUGACAUAGACAGACAUCGCUGUAAAAAACAGAGGUCCUAUCCGCAGGUGCCAAAUAACCCAACUGCUGGCCAGCAUUCAGGCAGAGAUGACGACCAGGAGGUGGUCAGACAAAAGCUGAUCAAGCGGUUCUCUGAAAUUGAUGCUGGACAGUCAAUUGGGAUAAAGAAAAUGGGGAAAUUAAAUGAGAAGCCAUUCCGGGAUGCUUGUGCUGUCAAGCUGGCUCCUAAAUAUGCUGGUGCGAAAUCUUCUGAACUGUACGCACUGUGGCAGGAACUACUCGAUAGUCCAAACUGGGAACCCUUCAAGUCUGUAAUAGUUGAUGGCAAUCAUCAGGAGGAGGUCAUAGAUGUUGAUGAUGAUAAGUUGCAAGGACUGAAGCUGUCAUGGGGAGAAGGCCCCUACAAUGCUGUCAUUAGUGCAUUGGUUGAGAGGAAAGAGUACAACACUGAUGGAACAGGUGAUGCCUUCGAUCUAUGGAACUAUAAGGAAGGGAGGAAGGCCACUCUUGGGGAGUGUGUCGACUGUAUCUUGGACAAUGUAAAGAAACUCAAGCGGGUCCAUCUGACAUACAGGUCGAGGAGAACAAUGUGUGCUGCCACUGCGAGCAUGCAUGACCCAGUCAAAGAUCUGUCGGCAGCAAGUAAUGAAUGAAGUCAUCAGAUGUCCAACACUAGCAAGCAUGGAAGGAAGCCAUGAUCUUAGCAGGCUUUUAUUUUGCGUCUGAUUAAAACUCUGGUGUAUCAAUAUGCUGCUGCUUUGGUGUUACCUUGGUUUCAACUUCUGACAAGAACUCUGAUGCAUGAAUAUGUUACUGACUUUGGUGCCAUUUUCAUUUCAUGCUUCUUCUUCAA